ACUAGCAGCAUCUCCAACAGCCGUCACAACACCGUGUUCUGCCCGCUGACAGCUAGCUUGCAGCCCCGAGCCGAGGCUCUGCUGUCGGACCGGGCUGGGUUAUGUUUCCCGGAGAAAGAGCCGUAGACGGAGGUUUGUGCAUCAUCAACCCAUGGCGGCCGAAAUUCAGCCUCAGCCGCAGGCUCGGAAGCCAUGUCUGCUGAGCAAAAUCGAGGCUUUCCAAGAUGUUGUUAGCACGGCGGUCAUCAUCCCCAAAGAGGACGGCGUUAUAAGUGUGUCUGAGGACAGGACAAUUCGGGUAUGGCUGAAGAGAGACAGCGGUCAGUACUGGCCCAGUGUCUACCACACGAUGGCAUCGCAGUGCUCAUGCAUGUCCUUUAACCCUGAGACCAGGAGGCUGUCUGUGGGGAUGGAUACUGGCAGUAUCUGUGAGUUCAUCCUGUCAGAAGACUACAAUAAGAUGACUCCAGCAAACACUUACCAGGCUCACCAGGGCAGAGUGACUGUGGUGCUGUUUGUGUUGGAGAUGGAGUGGCUCCUGAGCACCGGCCAGGACAAAAACUUCACGUGGCACUGCUCAGAGAGUGGCCAGCAGCUGGGGACGUAUCGCACUGCCGCCUGGGUCUCAGGACUACAGUUUGAUGUGGAGACCAGACACGCCUUUGUGGGGGACCAGUCAGGUCAGGUGACCAUCCUGAAGCUGGAGCAGGACAACUGCAGCCUGGUCACCACGUUCAAAGGACAUACUGGUAAUGUGACGGCACUGUGUUGGGAUCCAGUGCAGAGGGUUUUGUUUUCCGGCAGCUCUGAUCACUCCAUCAUCAUGUGGGACAUCGGAGGACGCAAAGGCACCGCCAUUGAGCUGCAGGGACACAAUGAAAAGGUUCAGGGCUUAUGCUACGCCUCACACACCCGUCAGCUGAUCUCCUGCAGCUCAGAUGGAGGCAUCGUCAUCUGGAACAUGGACGUAACACGACAAGAGACUCCAGAGUGGUUGGACAGCGACUCGUGUCAGAAAUGUGAGCAGCCUUUCUUCUGGAACUUUAAACAGAUGUGGGACAGCAAGAAGAUUGGACUACGGCAGCAUCACUGUAGGAAGUGCGGCCAGGCGGUGUGCGGCAAAUGUUCGUCCAAACGCUCCACCAUCCCCCUCAUGGGCUUUGAGUUCGAGGUGCGUGUGUGUGACAGCUGCCACGAGUCCAUCACCGACGAGGACCGAGCGCCCACGGCCACCUUCCACGACAGCAAGCACAGCAUUGUUUACAUGCACUAUGAGCCCACCACAGGGAAUCUGCUCACCUCUGGCACCGACAAAGUGAUCAAGCUCUGGGACAUGACUCCUGUGGUGUCCUGAGGUCUGGUGGCGAGCUGCAGUCAGCAGGAAGCUCUGCUCACCAAACUGUGAUUUGUUUUCGAGGCAGCAGCCACACUUAGAGGACAAAGAGGGAAACCUAUCCAGCAGUAUCAGUGUCAUCAGGAUAAUAUUUAACUGAUAUUCGACAACAAGCAGCGGCUGUUGGACGUUCACAGUGGGGACACUGCCAGCCGGUGAAGCCUGGGAACACGACAGACCAGGGCUGACACGAGGCUACAGACGGUUGCGAGUGUUUGUUUGUGUGACUGGUGCUACUGGGUGGAGGAUAUCUGUGUGUAUUUAUGUGCCGUCUCAUAUGUGAGUGUUUUUGAGGGGUUUGACACACUUUAUUUUCUUAAUUUCCAUGCAUUCCUGACGAUUUUGUACUGGAAAAUCAUGAAAGAGUGAGUGAAACAUUUCUGCAUGCCAUAAUCUGGUACUGUUUAACCAAAACAUUAUAUGUUUUAGAUGUGAAGCAUUUCAUGAAACUUGAACAUUUCUCACACACUCAAACUAUCAUUUAGCAUGUCUUAUAUUCUCCACAAGGGAAACACGUCAUUUCUACUCCUGCAAACCUGAACUGCCUACAGGAAAAGAUCAGUAACAGAAGCUGCAGUUCGAGGCAAGGCAAGGCAGCUUUAGUCACAGAGUACCAUUCAUGCAUACAGAAAUUUAAAAUGUUUUACAGACAGCCAAAAAAAAGCCGCCAAGGCUAUCAAAAGGCAUUACUUGGAGCAAAAACAUGACAUUGAAAUAUAGAAUUAAAAUAAAAAAAUCAUCAAUAUGGUUUAGGUGUAGAAGUGGUGAUGUCAACCCCUGUAGGUACAUUUUUUACAUGUGUAAUGUACAAGUAAAACCUUUCAUUUAACACUACAGUAGCUCUAUAAAUAUACUACAUUUUUUGACAUAUCGCCUGAAGGUGGCGGAAGUGUCCGUACAAUAACUGCUGUUGCUGGCCUUGCCUGUAGAUGGUUGAAGGAUGCUGUUUGUUUUCUUGCUAAUGGGUGAAAACGGUUGGACUGAAACAGUGUGUGCAGCUGUUUAAAUUCUUCUAAUCUUGGCUCAUAUAAUUCAAUGUGUGUUCUUUGGAUCAUAUUUUAAAUGGUGAAGAGAUUAUAUCUUCGACAUCCUGAAAAAUCAAAUUAAGCAUUACACUGACUGAACCUUUUGCCAUUCAUGUAUGUUUCUGGAUGUCAUCAAGUUUGCUUUAUUGAGCUACCAAGCCACCAAUACAAAAGACCAACUUUUACUUGGUGUCAUAGGAAAAUAGGGUUGAAUAAAUUUAUCUCCACCUAGGGCUUCUGUACAUCAGAGACUUUUUGCCACAAUCCCCAAGACAGUCUGGCUGCAGGACUUAGAUCUCAGACGCCCCCCUUUGCAGACCACUAUGGUGAGAUGCUGCUUCUUAUAGAACACACUAAAAUUCUCACAGUAAAAUUGGGUUAAACUUCCGGUUAGGGUUAGGGUAAGGGCUUGGAUAUCAAAAGUUAAAAACCUGAUCUGCAAAACCUGAUUCAAACAUUUAUGAAGCAAGUAGACAGUCUGUUUGCAGACAAAAAGCUUGUCCUCCAUGAAAACACUCCCGCAACACCAGCUACGUAGCUUAGCUAAAGCUAACCAGGCUAUGUUAGCUACAUUAAUUUUGUAGGUAAAACACCUACAUAGGUAACUUUGCUGACAUAGCUAAAUUCAAAGUGAAUGAAGUUACAUUAGUUAUGUUAGCUAUGAAAGUAAUGUAGCUACAUAACCAACAUAGCUAAGUCUAAAGCAUAGGCUAUGUAGCUUAAGUAGCUAAAUUCUAGGCUAGCAGACGUAGCUACAUAACUAACAUAACGAAAUGUAAAGCUAAUACAGUUACGUUUGCUAUGUAAGUAACCUAGCUACAUUACCAACUUAGCUAAAUCUAUAGCUAACAAUGCUGCAUAGGCUAUGAGCUAAUGUAGCUAAAUCCAAAGCUAACAGAGUUAUGUUGGCUAAGUGGGUAAUGUAGCUACGUUAGAAACUUAGCUAAAUCUUGAGAUAAAUAGGCUAUAAAGCUAAAUCCUAAUGGAGCUACAUUAGCUAGGUUAGAUUACCCUACAUUCGCUAAAGCUUGACAUGUUUUUAAAGUAGUUAUUUGACUGGUGGCCGGGUUGGAUUUAGCUCUGUUAGCUUUAGGUAAAGAUAACACAGCUACAUUAGCUUCCGUCUUAUGUAGAAAUAUUAACUUCAUAGCUAGCAAAGUUUCAUUAACUUUUCCUUAAACUAAUGAAGCUAAAGCUACAUCAGACGUUUUUCUCUGUUUAUGAAAUGUGGCUCAGUCUGUAAUGUUUGCAGUGUGGUGUGGUUUUAUGAAUACUACUGCUAGACUUUUAUGAAUAAAGUUGAGUUAUAAAAAAACAUCUUUCCAAAAGGUACCACCAAAUUACAUCCCUACUGUCUUGACAGAGUGGGCAUCUCAUUGUAGUGAUCUGCAAGAAGGGGCACCUGAGAUCUCAGGUCUCAAGCCAAAUCACUUUUGACCCAAGCCUUAAUUAAAGAACAAAUUCUAAAAUGGUGAAAGGCCAGAAAACUCUUAAAGAAGAGAAUGUGUCAUCAUUUUAAAAUUUUUGUUCCCUUGAACUCACAGGGGUCUAAGUGUGUACACAAGCUUUUCUAAUAUGCUUGAAAGUUUUUAUAGCACAAAUUAUUUUGGGUGAAAUUGCUUAUGGAUGUUUUUAGGGGCUUAAUAAUCUCUCUCAAAAAGCAGCCAAUUUUCUUGCAUUGUCUGCCGAGUGUCACCGAAAUAUCUGGAUACCAGGCAAAUCUCUUCACCUCAUGACAUUAGCCGGUAACAAACUCAUGUUCGUCAGCAAAAAUAGCUGUCCUAGCUUACAUAGCUUGCUUUCAAAUCAGAGCUGGGAUUGUAAAGUUCACAAGGACAUGGUAUGAAAGGCUGUUUCUCCACAGAGCGGUCUGGUUCAGGUCAGUUUGGUAUGUUACGCAAUGUUUGCAUUUCCACUAUCAAUAGUUGGGAAGAGGCUGAGUAACUGAUCCAUACCAUCCUAUAUUCGGCAUCCUUCUGAUGAGGUACCAAGUGUAGUUAUUCAACCCUGUUUGGCUGAAUGAAUCUUAACUUCCUGUUUGACACUAAACAGCUUUUCAUGCUUAUUUUUCUUGCUUUAAAAGAAACGAUGAUACACUAUUUUGCAAAAAGCGUAUGUGGUACUGGUCAGAUUGAAAUGAUAUCAUUAUUCAAGAUAUAAUUUACAAGCUGUAGAGUUUGCAAGAGUCAGAUGAAAGAACCAGCUCUUUUAAGUGAAUGAAAGGAACUGGCUCCCUUUUUUUGCAAAAAAAAAAAAGACAAAAUGGUACAAAAUGAAGAGCUGAAAUAUUGUCUCUUAAUGCUACCCUGAGCCAAUUGAUCUGGAUCUCUAAGACUGGAUGCACAUUGGUUGUGGAAACACAAGCAACAUCAGGUUUUACUGUACUGGACUUUGCUGAAGUGAAUUGGACAUCUUGGAGAAAACGUGCCCAGAAAGGCUCAGAUUUGGGGAAUUGUGGGAAAUGUGUUUUAAGUUGAUUACAUUUGAUAGAAAGCUGCAACCAUAAUCAUAACUCUUUGAUAUGAUGUAAAUUAAUCCCUACAUUCUGUCAAGUGAGACAAUUUCAAAGCACAAAAAAGAUACCUUUGUUUAGAACAUUUAAGUGCUGAGCACCCCUUUACAGUUUUAAAUUCUGUAAAUUAACCAAUCAGAUUGCUUUCUGCUCUUUGUAUUUUCUCUACUGUCGGCUACUCUAUGAGGUUAUUUAUUAUUCUAAGUCUUAAUGUUCCUGCACAUAUCAAAAUGUUCUAGAAAUGAACAAAAACAUAAGGUUAUGUUCAUUUGUUCUCAUUGUAACCAAUUUUUAUCAUCACAAUACUGUUUACUGACUUUUAAUGUCAAUGCACUGGAAUCGAGAAGCAAAAAUAUAUCACAGAAUGGCUGCUCUGAAGUGAAAAUAUAAUUUCUUUGUGAUUGUUUUCUUUGUGCUUUAUUGAUGAGAUGGUAACUAAAAUUGUACCUGAUUACGUUCAAAGCCCGCUGAAUAUUCUCCAAAGAUAUUUGAUAUUUAGGUAAUGUUUCAGACUUUGUAAGGCUGAAGUGGGUUCAAUUCCAGACUUGUGUGUGUUAAAAUGCUUGUCUACUCAUUCUCAGCCUUUCAUUUAGAUAUAAUAACAGCUUUCACUCAUCGAUGUGAGCCUGUUGGUACUAAGACUUCAAAAGAACCAUAUCAGUGUUCUCUAUAGCUCCUGAAUUAUUAAUCACGUGCAUUUCAUUUUUGCAGAUGCAGUUCCUAAUGCAUUGUGUACAGUUUUUACUUCUUUUAUUGCCGUUAUUCCAUAUUGUGCAAGAUAUUACCAGUUUAAAGUGAUUUGAUUGUCACUAUGUACUGAAUUUGAAGGGAAUUCAGUAGCUGCCUGAGCUAGAAUUUAAGAGACACAUCCAAAACUGUGGUUCAUUUUACAAAACAGAUUCCCAAGAUCUUGUUUAUAGGCUGAAACAUAAAAUAUUCCACCUGUAAUGCUGAGGCAAUUUGGAAUUUUCAGCUUUAAAAUGAAUGGCAAAUUUGAUUCAUUUGGCCAGUGGUCUUUUGUUGUGCUGCUGGAAGUAAAACGGAUGGUGUUUUUCAGUGAGUCCAUAAAUGUAACCAUGUAUGUAUAAAUGACUUAUUAAAAGAGCAAGUU